CACACACAUUUUGUAGGUGAGACUGACUGACUGCAGAGCUCUAGCAGCAGGUAUGAUAGCUAAGAUCACUGGAUUCAAUUCAAAGCACUUGUAUGCGUCUUGACGCACAACAAGAUCCGGACUUUUACGCGCGGAGAGCACAUUGGAUAGGUCUCAUACAAAGAGGAAAAUCAACCAGAGAGCAUGAAGCUAGAGGUGUUGUGUGGAAGCCACUAUGACAUGAAGCACUUCGAAAUGUCCAGACCUGCUGAGGAGGAGCUGGGCUCGGAUGGAGACUGCGUUGCGCACAGUCCUCCUCCACCUGUUGUUGCUCCACAGUGCGCUCCUUGCGCCAAAUCCAAGCCUUACACAAGGAGACCAAAACCCCCGUUUUCCUACAUCGCUCUCAUCGCCAUGGCCAUCCGGGACUCCACAUCUGGACGUCUGACUCUGGCGGAAAUAAACGACUACCUGAUGAAGAGGUUCCCGUUCUUCAGAGGCAGCUACACCGGCUGGAGGAACUCGGUUCGGCACAACUUGUCCUUGAACGACUGCUUUCUCAAAGUGCUCCGGGAUCCGUCCAGACCUUGGGGGAAAGACAAUUACUGGAUGCUCAAUCCUCAGAGCGAGUACACCUUUGCAGAUGGGGUGUUCCGGCGCAGAAGAAAGCGCAUUGAUAAGAAGAAAUUCAGCAGCAGAGAGGAGCAACCAGAUGUGUCCGAGGAGCCGCCGAGCAUUCAGCAGUCUGCGUCUGCAACAAGGACUGAUCCAUGUGUCAAGUUUACCAGUUCAUUCGCGAUAGACAGCAUCCUCAGCAAGCCGUUCAAGAGGGAUUCGAACAGACAACCUUCAACUCUCCACUCUGCCUUCACCUGGCAGCGCUAUAAUGAACUAAUGGCGCCUCAUUUAAAUACACCUGUUGCCUCGUUUUCCUAUAAUAAGUCAGCCUGCUACAUGGACUCCUGCGCUGCUCAGCAUGUGUUAAACGCAUGUGACUAUGCUGGGCUGCUUUCAUUCACAUACCAGAAAUAAUAAAUCUAUUUUUUUUUUGAUGAUUGAAAAAUCAGCAUUUUGUGCUGCACUGAUGAUGGACACAUGUGGGGAGGAUUUAAAUUGGUUUAUUGUGGUGGCAAAGGUGUUACACUUGUAUUUUGUACCUCUUAAAGCAUUUUCAGAUUUGAUAUUUUAUACGCAAUUGGUUGUUGUAAAUGAUACUGAACUAACGUUGUUUAGAAAACGUGUUAAAAAAUAUGCACUUUGGCUGUUUUUAUGUCUCUUUCUUUAAAAAACAAAAAUGCUCUCUACAAUGAAAUAAAAAUCCAACUAAUAAUGGUCUACGUUUUCUAUUGUUGAAACAUGAUUUUAUAUUGAAUUUAAAAAGUAUAGGACAAAUUAGGACUGACACCUGUAUGAGACAUACACCUGUUAGGUGUCAGCUGGGCAAUAAUGGUGAUCUGGGUGUGUGUUCAUGUGACUCCACCUUGUAAAAUUCAUAGAGAUCUCUGGGUUAGUUGCAAGUGUACCAAGGGCCUGAUAUAUACACUGGCAAGCCUGUGACUGUGGGCUGCUUUCACUCACAUAUCAGAAAUAAAAUCUAUUUUAUUUGA